UAGAGGAUAGAAAAAAAAACUCAAAAUCUGUGUCUUUGCUAUGAAUGAGCUAUGAAAUCUUUAAUCCAGAAAAAAAAUUGCCAAUGAUAUCAGUUGUUCGAGUCUCCCUCAGCUUCUCAUCCUUCAUCAAUUCUGCAAAUGGUGAAUUUUGGAGGAAACCCAUUACCUGCUACUCUGUGUCGAGAACAAAGAUUGCUGCUUUACAACAGAAAGGAUUCCGGGUAGGGACUUACAAGCGGCAUAGGUGGUCUUUCUUGGAGGUGGGAAGAGGAAAAGAUGGGAUUUUGGUGAAGGAGGAGCAGUGGAGAAGGAAGAAAAGAGUGGUGCUGGUGAGGUUUAAUCAGGGUUUUGGAUUUAAUGGUGGUGGUGCUGGUGGUGGAGGAGGAGGAGGUGGGAGAGAUAACAGUAGCAACGCGAGGGUGCUGGGUAAUCUUGCUUUUGCUAUUGGCUUGACUUAUCUCUCCAUGACUGGGCAGCUUAACUGGCUUUUGGAUGCUCUUUUUUCAAUUUGGCUCCUUGCAGUGGUUCUACCUAUUGUUGGGUUGGGAGCUUUUCUCUGGUGGGCUGGCCGAGACAUUGUUCAAAGCAGUGUGAGGCUUGUUUACUUAUUUUUCAUAAUUCCGUUUCUGAAUAGCUUUAUUUUCGUCAUUUCCCGUGCUAGUAGUCAUGUAGAUCCUCUAAUUCAAAGUACUUGCAGGAUUAUUAUUCAAAAAAGGCUGUAUAAUGCUCCUUUAUCUAACAGCAUAGAAAAUAGAAGGACAUGGUCUAUGGCUUUCGCACCAAUUGAAAUCUUUGCAUUCAUGAUUUAAAAAUAUAUACUAGUCAUGUUAUUGAGAAACCAUUGGAAUAUAAAAUAGAAAACAUGUAAGACCAAUUUUCUCAUUAAAUGCUCACUUUUAUUGUUGCUCAAAGCAUAUAAGAUAAAAAUUUGAUUGGUCUCCUUAGUUUUGAAAAGACUUACUGAAGUAUUUAAAGAGCAUUGUGACAUCAAAUUGCUUUUCUUUUUUUUUUUUGAUAAAAGAAUUAGGGGAGUUUUUAGUUGGUCAUCUUUAUAAUUUGAAGUAAUUUAGUGAACUAGGCAACUAGCCAUAUCAAAUAAUGCCUUUGCUAACAUCUUGUUUAUGUGAAGUGCCCGAAUUGCGGAAAUGAUUUUCAGAUUUUCAAAUCGACUCUAAAUGAUGAGUUGCAGCUGUGCCCCUUCUGCAGUCAGCCAUUCUCAGUGGUUGAUGACAAGUUCAUUAAGGAACCUGUGAAGUUCUCCAACCAAACUGGAACCUUUAAACAAUCAUUCAAUGGCUUCUCUCGUGGUUCCAAGAAAGGAAAAGAUUCUUCUUCAGCAUCUAUUGUUGAUGUCGAAGCAGAGAUAAAAGAUGCAGAUUAAAAACUUGUGUAUCUGGUGAUUAAUCAUAGGUUUUUUGGUGUCGGGCAAUGAAAGCAAGAUAAAGUUACUAAUACUAGUUUGAAAUGAAGAUCAUCCCAUUGGUAGAGAGGAACAAGAUAAUCAUGUAGAUACUUGUUAGUAUUCAGAAAAUGGUAACCAUUUUAAGAGAUAGUAGAUGUCUGUUGUUCAAGAAUUUCCUUCCUCCACUUCAUUGUUUCUCCUAGAAAUGUAUUUUAUUGAGAUAUACAUGGCUUGAUGAUCCCAUGCCUGAGUUAAAGAGAAUCUGAUAUAGUGGAAGAGAAACAAAUCAUGCUGGAGAGGAAGAGAACAAGAGUGACAUUGGACGGUAUAUUGAAUUUUGACAAAUACUAAAAGAAGAGGCAUGCCUCUACUAUAUUUUUGGCAGAAAUAUCCAUGCCACAAAGGGCCAAUUUCCAUUGUUUGUUAGACCAUACAAAAGGAUUGUUUGAUCACAGGAUCAAAUUCUAAAUUUACUUUCCGAUAUCUUGGAACCAAGGAAAGCCUAAUGUGAUGCUUCUCCAACCUUCUUCUGCAAAUAGAACAUGUCAAUGACA